UCGGAUCCCGAAAAUUCGCCAGUUUACUACGGACUCGAGGGAACUGACCUUCUUUCAGUUGACCGGGCCACCGGUGACGUCACUGUGAUAAACAACAUCGAUAGAGAGGUAACGGAUACAUUGAAGUUCUCUGUGACCCUUGAGGAUAUCGUCGGAGGACAUGACCAAAAUAACAUUGUCAAGGUUCCAGUCAGCGUCAUUGUUCUGGACGUCAACGAUAACGCCCCGACAUGAAACAUUCCGUACGAUGUCAGAAUCGCCGAGGACACACCAGUAGGACACACGGUGCUGAAUAAUAUCAAAGUAACCGACUUAGACACUGCAGGGAACGUGCUUCAGGUUCAAUGCUUCCCCAACGACAUUUGUUCUGUGGUGCCUGAAGCUUGCAACACGUUCGCCGUGGUGGUCACCAGGGCCAGUUCCCAAGAACUGGACGCAUCGUUAGUGCUACGAAAGCCCUUGGAUCACGCUUCUCGUCCCGUGUACGAAGUUAACCUUGUUGCAGACGAUGGUUCUUUUAAUGCCACUACAACGGCUGUUGUAAAAGUGUCAGAUGUUCAAAACCGGCCGCCAGUGUUCCUCGGAUCCCAUUCUGCCGUCGUCAGUGAAGACGUCCCCGUGGGAACUUACGUGAUGACAGUGAAAGCAAUUGAUGGUGACCGAGGAGUCCCAGGAAUAUUCGCUACUCUAUCGUUUCCAAGAAAACUGAGCUCCUCGAACGGCGUGGUCACCGUCAAAGUAAAAGCUUCGGAGCUGGAAGGAGACCGGCUACUGGACGAACCGGGAUCGUCGACGACCACCGCGUUGGCCAUUACGGUGAAGGAUGUGAACGACGAGGCUCCCACGUUCAGCCGGCCUAGCUACAGCGUCAGUGUGAGCGAGAACAUUCCUCCCGGGAGCCCACUGCCGAACCUUGACAUGUUCGUCCAGGACACGGACACGGGUUCCAACUCAGUUUUUAAUAUCAACCUCAUGGAUUCUUCUGGAAUGUUUGCCGUGGAGCCCACCAUUGCGACUGGUUCGACGUCUGUAAGCAUACGGAUUGUGAAGGGACCACUCGACUACGAGAAUCCUAACCAGCGAAAAUUUAUCUUGUUGGUGGUCGCGGAAGAAGCGUUCACAAAUCCGAAAUUAUCUAGCACGGCAACGGUUACAGUGAAUGUGCUCGAUAUCAACGACAACGCUCCCGUGUUUGAAGAAGAUAGCUACACUGCUUCGAUUGUCGAGGACGCAUCACCUGGUAUGGUCACGACAAUAGUGGCUACGGACAGAGACACAAGCCCACAUGGAGAGUCUGGUCUAAUGUACUCACUUCUUGGAAACGGUGCAGAUAAAUUCCACGUAGACCCCAGCUCUGGCGUGGUGACGGUGGCACCGUGUGAGACUCCUGGACGCGGUAACUGCCUAGACUUCGAGUCCCGGCCCUCCUACUUCCUCUCGUAUCAGGCGACGGAUGACCGAGGCCGGGGCCAGAGCGCCGUCGUGCCACUAACAGUGCGCCUGACAGACGCUAACGACAACCCGCCGGCCUUCGAACAGCACCUGUACACGGCGCUCAUCGACGAGGGAGACGUACGCUUCGACCCCCCGCUUAGGGUUCAGGCCCGAGACCCUGAUGUGACAUCGUUCGUCAAGUACAGCAUCGUGUCCGGAAACAGCUACAAUUUGUUCACUAUCAACCCACAGACGGGUGAUAUUACAGUCACCAAUCGUCAAGGGUUGGAUGUUUCUCUCCUCAAGUCUGACGUGAUUACACUGACCGUUCAGGCUUCGGACGGUGGUUCGGGUAUCGACACUGCUACAGUGAAGAUUACUGUCAGGGAUGCCAACAACAACGCUCCCGUCUUUCAGAAAGAGCGGUACAUUGCUUCAGUUCCAGAGGCUUCUCCACCAGGCACCCUGGUGGAGCAAGUGUCUGCGACAGACGCUGACACGGGGGCGAACGCCCAUGUCACGUACCGCAUCCUCAAGGGAGCCUUCGAUGACUUCACCAUAGAUGCCAACACUGGAGUAGUCUCACUGUCCGCAACAAGCCGCCUAGACUACGACAGGCGAAGCAGCUACAUAAUGGAGAUUAUUGGGAUUGAUGGUGGAGUUCCAGAGAAGACAGGAACUACUACACUCAGCGUGAACAUUCUGAACAGCAACGACAAGAUGCCAUACUUUCAGCCGACGACGCAAAGGGCGCAAGUAUCCGAAGGGGCGCCAGCCGGUUACAGAUUCUACAAACUUGUUGCCAAAGAUCCGGAUGCUAGUUCCCUGGAAUUCUUGAAGUACGGCAUUGCUGAACCUGUAACGGCCAUUUCCAAAGACGGAAGAAACGUAAAUGAAUCAGUUCAAGCGUAUAAGGCUUUUUUCGACGUGGAUGAAAAUACUGGGGAAGUGAAAGUGGCGUCUCAGCUCAACCGCGAAGCUGCUGCCGUCGUAAUGCUAACAACCGUGGUGACCGACGUCAGCGCAGUGCCACGUCAGACUGGCUUAGGAACCCUCGUGAUAACCAUAGUGGACCUCAAUGAUUUUCCACCAACGUUUCCACCGCCUUGGAGCCCUGACCAUCCGGAACUCUUCAUUACCGUCAUGGAGGAGCAACCCAUAGGAAGUGUCGUAGCGUCAUUUGUCGCCACAGACCCAGACUCUAACAUAGCCAGUUACUCGAUAGAACCCGAAAAUCCUUACUUCGCCAUUGACAAGCUUUCAGGUGUAGUCACAAUACACAAGAGAGUCGACUACGAAGAAGUACAGGAACUCAGGUUUUCCGUUGUGGUGCGAGACACAGGCAUUCCUCAACUAUCAGCGGUCGCGUUGGUUACAGCAACUGUUACAAAUAUAAAUGACAACGACCCCACCUUUUCUAAGAAAGCCUACCAUGCUUCAGUCCAGGAAAAUGCCCCUCAAGGUACGUUUGUUACAAGAGUUGAGGCGAGAGACAUUGAUGCUGGAGAAUUCGGAGUUGUUUCUUACUCGCUGCUGGGAGAGAAAAGCGGAGACUUCCACGUCAAUAAGCAGGGGGAAAUACGCGUGGCGGAAAUGGCCAACUUAGAUCGAGAAAUCACUGCCGCAAUCACACUUCAAGUUGUGGCCACUGACAUGGGUCAAGAAAUAACAACGAGAUCAGUGUCCGUACCGGUGUACAUCACCCUCCUCGAUGACAAUGACAGCCCUCCUGUUUUCACAAAGAAGACCUAUGAAGCCUCGUUCGUCGCGAACAGCCCGCUUGAGUCUGCACAGAGCAUUGUUCAAGUGUCGGCAACGGAUGCGGAUGAAGGAAUCAACGCUGAGAUUCGCUAUUCUAUCGUUGCUGGCAACGAAAACGGUGUCCUCGCUGUAAACCCGAAGACCGGAAUUGUGUACCCUGUAAAGAAGCUCGAGAGCAGCCGCAAGGAGUACCGCAUCGGGCUCGAGGCGCGUGACGGCGCUGGUAACGGGCCCAACACAGACAACUGCAUAGUACUCAUCAGGCUCAUCGAAAUCAACCUGGACAAGCCGCAUUUUGUGACGCCGUCACUUCCCAAUGCGACAGUCGAAGUCAUGGAGAAUCAGACCCACUCUAAUCAGAUCAUAAUGACAGUGGAAGCCACUGACAAGGACCACGGUGACAACGGCCGAAUUUCCUACUACUUCAAAGUAGGAGACAGGAACGUCGCUGAAACAGACGAAUUUCUUAUCGACGAAGUCACGGGAGAAAUUCAAGCGAAAGUCGUCCUUGACAGAGAGCUGAGGCCACGUUACGAGUUGGUGCUAGUCGCCAAAGACCACGGCACGCCAGCCCCAUUUGAGACGCUACGGUUCCUGACCGUCGUGCUGAAGGAUAUCGACGACAACGCACCUCUAUUCCCGCGCACCCGGUCUACGGCACCCUAUGUGUUCCACAUCAAGGAGAACUUAAGCAGCGGUUUCCACGUUGGAAAAGUGACAGCUAUUGACCAAGACGUCGGCGAAAAUGCCAUGGUCUACUAUUACAUUAUCGAUGGAAACUGGGACAUGCUGUUUACGAUUGACAAGAUGCAGGGAAUCAUAUACUCAAACGCCUCGUUCGACCGGGAGUCCAAGGACAUGUUCGAACUGGUGGUGAAAGCUUCCAGCAACCCCGAUUUCCUCGUGUACUCCAGGCAAGCCGAUGGCCUCCCGCCCAGCAUACGCAGCUACAGCGAGUCCGACAGAACGGUGGCCCUUGUCAACGUGCACAUUGACGACGUGAACGAUAACGCGCCCAUGUUUAUAAACGCCCCGUACUAUGCAGGGCUGCGUUUCACCGCCGUGGAAGGAGACACGGUAUUCACCGUGCGGGCCCGGGACCCGGACGAGGAGACGUCAGACGGCCCUGCCAUCGCAUACCGCAUCGAGCACGUGACGCUGUUCCUUCCUGGAUCAACGGGUGGUAUCCGACCCAUACCAGCCUCGUUUAACGUGUCUGCCGAUGGCCGUGUGUGUGCUACCCACCCCAUGGCCCAGUACAGCCAGGCGCGCUUCACCGUAGCCCUUGAGGCCAAGGAGACAGUCCCUCCGCACCGUGCUGCACGUACCACGCUAAAGGUCUGGAUCUACGAACCCGAACAACUAGUGCGGGUAAUAAUCGCCCAGCCUCCGGAGGAAGUGUACAGGGACCAAAUGAGUGUCAUAGCUGUUCUUUCUAACGCCACUGGAGGAACUGUGGUUAUUGACAAGUUGAAAUAUCACGUGAGCGACAAGGGGAAGCUAGUGAAGUCUUGGACGGACCUGUACAUUCACGUUCUUGACAAAAAUGACCGUGUAAUUCACACGCCUGAAGUACUCGACGCCGUUGAUUCUACAUCAAGCUCGUUCGCUUCCAAAACCCAGAACUGCAAAUUCACAAUGUUCUUGCAAUGCAAUUCAUUUAAAGCAACAAAUACGCGUGUCGUGUUAUUUGCCCGCAAAGACACUGACCUAAAGGAGAGGGGUGUGCCUGCUCGAGUUGGCAUCAGCAAACAAGAAUUUGAUUUGGCCUUAGCUGUGCUAAUUGCGAUGCUGGUGGUGAUAUUCGUCGGCGUCGUGACCAUGAUGGUUUGUUGUACCUGCUUGAAGUCCUGGUACGCUUACAAAGCCAAAGAAGCUUUAGUACGGCACGACGAAAGUCCCCCGGUGACUACUACAGAGAAUCCGCUAUGGACCGAACAAAAACUCAAGAUAUAUGAAGAACAGGAGCUGAGCAUGAGCGUGGCGCCUGACAACAUGGUGACCACGGAGGCGGACAUCGCCGCUUUCAACUUCAACGACGACACGAGCAGCGCUGUGUAUGCUACGCUGCGGCGCAACAGUGUCAGCCACGUGGGAGCCGAGUCGCGCAACGGCUACUCCACCCUCACGGGCCACCGGCCCACGGCCUCGUCGCGCAGGCAGCGCGAGCCGGACGCCUCAGACGGUCACGAGUACCAUGAGCUGCACUCGAGCGACACCCGUCCUCCCACCGGCGACAGCACUCCGUUCAGCACAUUCAGACCCACGGGCAAGAACACGCCUACGACGGAAGGAAGGCUCUUUCAAGAAGCGAGCUCCUCUCACAAAAACGACGAGCCUGUUCUAGUGGCCGAGCUGUUAUAGGACGAUAUUUAUUCUUACGGCCGCCGAUGACGCUAUCAUCCCUCCGAUGCAGUGGGAUCCGCUGAUGGAGUCCACCAGACGCAGAUGCUUCAUCUCUCCUUCGUGUGUGGAUCUGUGUGUGAGAGUGCGUGCGCUGGAUCAGUCGAGUAGUGUGCAUAAUUCCGGUGCUUUGUGU